AGCUCUGCGGCAGGGUGAUGGCCCGGAGUACAUCAAGAAGCAGGUCAACGCGACGAAAACGAAGCCGGUCCAGAAGGAAAACUGACCGCAGUCGCUCAAAGACCCGUAGAUCCAAGUCCCGUGAUCGAAGGAGGCCGCCAUCAGAAAGUGCAUCGCCGCCAAGAAAACUACGGUCACCCUCACAGAAGCGACGUGCUGCACCCUCCAGAUCAAAAUCUAGGAAAGCUGCCCGAAAGCAGCGUUCCAAGACCCCAGAGCGUGUGCCCCCAACAAGUUUUGCAGAUUAUGAACCUUCUGCAGACGGUAGUGGGUGGUAUGUGUACAAAAAGACUAGCAAAUGGAAGUUUCAUCCUGAGACUGGCCUGUACUUGCAUAUUAAGAGUGGUGUAUACUACAUGCAAAAGGAAGGCGAUCCGAAGAAUUUUCGGAAGAUCGAUGACGACGAUGAUCCAGUCGUCCGGAAGAUGAAGCAAUCCGAAGAGAUGCGGAAAGCAAUUCAAUCAACGGAGUUUGUGCAGUUCGGUGAGGGUGCAGCAGCUGCAGCUGCAGCAAAAGCCAGUGGAGAUGAUGGACUCACAGGAGUACCAGCACCUGUGGAGAUUGCGCCAGCUCCAAAGCCUCCAGACAAAGACAAAGAGAAAGAGAAAGAGAAAGCACCAGAACCCGAAGAAAAAAAAGUGGAGGGAAAAGUCCGAGAGUGGAAUUUGGAAAAAGGUUUCGGCUUCAUCAUCCCUUUGAUCAAGGAAGAUGAGGAAACCCCCAAGAGUAUUUUCGUCCACCUCUGGAACGUAGUUGGCAGUACCAGUAAAAAUCCCAUCAACCUUGGAGAGGGAGCAAGAGUGCUCUACAAACUUGGCGAACAGGACGGCAAGCCUCGCGCCCAGGAAGUCGUCAUGUUGGGAAAGGAUGGGAAGCCCUUGCCUGUUCACGCUGGCGCACAGAAUUUGGAGGAGAAGCGAAAAAGCUACUUCGUCACAGCAGACACUCUUGGUGUAAGGGUUCAUGCAGAGAGUUGGCCUGGCAAACAGAUUGAACUACAAGACCGCUUCACUCAAGAUGAGGCCAUGGAUGAACUUGGGGUCUACUUCGGUGUGUUUGAUGGCCAUGGUGGAGCUCAGGUGUCAGAGUUGGCGGCGAAAAAUUUGCACAGAAACAUCUUAGCAUUCUUUCGACAAAAAGCAGUGCAACCGGCAUCCAGGGAUGAGAAACUGAAACUGGCUGUGAGAGAAGCCUUCUCCCACACAGACAAAGAAAUCUUAUCCCUCUCAGAGCGGAAGAAAUUUGAUUCUGCAGGCUCAACUGCCGUUUGCGCAAUUUUGCAUGGCAAUCCCAAGCUUGGAACUGCUUUGCGAUUGGUGUUGGCCCAUGUCGGGGAUUCGAGAGCAAUUCUCUGCAGAGCUGGGCAGGCGGUGCAAGUGACAGAGGAUCACAAGCCCGACAGAAUAGACGAGAAGAAACGUAUAGAGCGUGCAGGAGGCUUGGUGUUGAAUGUGCGGGGAGCCUGGCGAAUCGCUGCUCCUGCCAAUCCACGCGGCUCAACAAAGUCUUCUCGUCGCGAGUACCAAGGCUUGUCCAUCACACGUUCCUUAGGUGAUGCAUGCUUCAAGAACCCUGCUUUAUCAGCAGCAGAUCCUGAAGUUCGAGUCCUACCCAUUACGGACAAGGACCUCUUUGUAGUGCUGGUAACGGAGGGUGUGACUCGCGUCCUCUCAAACCAAGACGUGAUCGAUUGUGCUAGCAAGCACUGGGACGAUUCAGAAGAGGCUGCAAAGAAUGUGGUUCGCACUGCGUUUCAAAAAGGCAGUGAUGAGAACCUCACGGCACUCGUGGUGCAGUUUGGCUGGGCAGAUAAGCACACCCCAAGAUACAUUGAAAGAAGACGCCAGCUCGUUGCCCAAGGUGUGGAAGGCGGCAGCCCAGUGAUGAAGCCUACCAGAACUGCGCCUAAGGAAGAAAUCUACAGUGACAAAGCCGUGGAGAAAGAAGAUUUUGACAUGUUCGGCUGAGGAGCUGACGUGGGGGUCACUGUGACUUCUGGCCAGGUCACUAGUGAAAGCCACACUGAGUGAGUAGCCCAUUUGUUAGGUCACACUGGAAUGCUGCCGAAGGGAUCAAAAAACCAAGUUGAG